ACUAAGCGUCAAUUUUCUUCGACACAGUGUGCCCCGAGGCUUAGUAUAUUUAUUUGUACGUUUGCUAUGCUUCAUCUAUUCUUAUUUAACUGCGCGGUGGCAACUUGAGAUUUCAUUAUUUUUUUGGUUUUCGUCACUAACGGUUCGCGAUGAACAGUUGGGUGGUGUUGUGGUUGCUGUAUGGGAUUUUUGUCGUUGUUUGUGCCGGUGCUGAAAAUGCGCCACUCCGGAAGACUCCGUUAGGAGAUUUAAAAGGAUUUAAUAUGAAAACGCGUGGCGGCAGGAAAAUUUCGGCUUUUACAGCUGUACCUUAUGCAGUCCCUCCUGUGGGAGAAUUAAGGUUUAAGGCCCCGGUACCUGUGUCCUCGUGGGAAGGCACAAGGGACGCCACAAAUGUCAGCCCCGUAUGCGUGCAGCGCAACCCUUACACGCGGCAAAAUGAAAUAGUCGGUCAGGAAGACUGCCUCUAUCUUAACGUGUACUCGCCUUACACUGACGAUAAACCUGUUGAAGAAAAAGACCUACUUCCGGUUAUGGUAUUUAUCCAUGGUGGCGGCUGGAUGUGCGGAGAUGCAACUACAGAAAUGUAUGGCCCUGAACAUCUUCUUGACAGAGAUGUUAUAUUUGUGGCUAUGAAUUAUAGAUUGGGUCCAUUAGGUUUCCUGUCAACCCAGGAUGAGCACUGUCCUGGCAACAACGGUUUGAAAGAUCAACAGGAAGCACUUCGUUUUAUACAGAAAAAUAUAUAUGCCUUUGGUGGAGACAACAGAUCUGUUACGAUAUUCGGUGAAAGUGCUGGUGGAGCCAGUGUUAAUUUCCACAUGUUAUCGGACUCAAGUAAUGGACUAUUUCACAAAGCGAUCUCAGAGUCUGGCACAGCAUUGGUACCAUGGGCAGAAGCUCCACCAGGCGAGGCAAAGAGGAACGCCUUCCGUCUGGCAAAGUUUUUGGAUUGUCCGCCAUCACCUUCUGAACGUUUCAUUGAGUGCCUCCGCAAAUUGGACAGUCAUACUAUUAUAGCAACAGAAUUUUUAUUUUAUUCCUGGGACUAUGAGCCGAUGACGACUUUCAAAGCUGUGAUUGAACCAGACCUACCAGGCGCAUUCCUAACGAGGAACCCUCGCAGGCCCCCUUCUACAUCCUUUGUGCCCUGGCUCACCGGAGUUACUAAAGACGAGGGAUGCCUAAAAUCUGUUUGGCUUACGAAUUUCCCAGAACGAUAUGAAGAGUUCAUUUCUGGAUUCGACACCAUCGCACCUAUCACUUACUAUUAUGAAAAUUCUCCGUAUCCAGAAGUCAUAACUGAGAGAUUGAAAAAAGUAUACUUCGGCAACGAUGAACAAAGUGUUAAAGAUGGAAUCCUGAAAAUUUACACAGAUUCUUACUUCGCUUAUCCUAUGCUGGAAUCCGUGGAACAAGCGCUGAACUUUAGCAAGCAGUCAGUAUAUCUCUACAAACUGGAGUACCGUGGAGCUAACAGUUUCUCCCAAAUCUUUGGUGAUCCUGUUGGGGAUUAUGGUGUUUGCCACGCUGAUGAACUCAUGUAUUUGUUUCCCAUACACUUCCUAAACAAUCCCUUCACAGAAGAAGAUAACAAGAUGAUGGAUAUGAUGGUUACCAUGUGGACUAAUUUUGCUACAAGCGGGAAUCCCAACAAACCUGUUCAAUUGCCUUUCGAGUGGAAGCCGGCCACAAGUGCAAAAAAUAUGGAAUAUUUAGCAAUUGGAAAGAAGCAAGUAAUGAAAAGUGAUUUGGCAUCGAGAUCGAGAAUAUGGGCGGAGCUGCCACUGUGGCACAAUGUAAGAAAACGAAGAUUCACUGAUGAGUUAUAAGGGUUCGGUGGAUGGAAGAAUUAGUUAUUUAAAACAAUUUUUUUAUAGCUUGUAGCAACUAGCUAGAUAGAUUAGUUAUAUGUUUUUAUAUUUGAUCUUUUAGUAGGCAUUAAGCUGUAUUCUAAAUCUAUACUUAAUAUACGACACAAGCUUCCGAAAUCUGUGUCGAAAUACUUCAACCUAUUAAAAUAGUACCAAUUGUACUCGUGAUAAACAACAAAAAUGUAAGUUGCUGAAUUUAUAAAGAAAAGGAUUUUCUUUACUUUUAUAUGUUUUUUUUAAAGAAAUUAAGGUUAGGUUAGGUUAGUUGUUUUUGUAAAUGUAUACGUAUACGUUUGAUUGCAUUUAAUAAAGAUUUUUAGGUACAACA